GUGCAUCAGAAACGGACAGUAUGCACACACCCCGAACCGUUUCUCAUUACCUUGGUCACAGUGAUAUACGCGACGCUUCUUUCUGCGAGACAUUAUUCAUAUUUGGAAGAUCAUUUCUGACUUCAGCACUUUAUAAUAGUGACAGUCGGAUGUAUUGGAAUGUAUAGGGCAAUAGGAAUAAGGGAAGAAAUCAGAUCAGAUUGUUGACAUAAACAACCUCGUUUUUAAAACACAGCCAAGGGUCUGCAAUGAAACCUCAGGACAUUAUCAAAGAAAAGAGCACCCUGUGGAUAUUUGGAUAUGGCUCAUUAGUGUGGAAGCCUGAUUUUGAUUACAAGAGGAGCACAAUUGGCCACAUUAUGGGAUACAAAAGGCGCUUCUGGCAUGGAGACGAUUUUUAUCGAGGAGACAAGAAAAAGUCAUGUCUUUGCUGUGUGUGUCCUUGCUGUCCACAGCCAGGCAGAGUGGUCACACUAGUGGAAGAUCAGGAGGCGUGCACAUGGGGAGUGGCCUAUGAGGUGACAGACUCCCAGAUAGAAGAGUCCCUCCAGUAUCUGAACAUGAGAGAGGUCGUGCUUGGAGGUUACAUAACGGAGAUGGUGGAGUUCAUCCCUAAGGAGAAGGGUCAGGCUCCUCUGUUGGCCCUCGUUUACAUCGCUACUUCUGACAAUCCCAUUUACCUCGGCCCGGCCUCGGACAAGGAGAUUGCUGCCCAGAUCGCUGUUUGCAGGGGCAACACGGGCCACAAUAUUGAAUACCUGGUCCGCCUGGCAGAGUUCAUGAGGCUCUACUUUCCCGAGGUAGAGGAUGAGCACCUCUUCUCUAUUGAGGCGGCUGUUCUGAACAUUUUCCAUGACUGUGAAGAGAUCAAACUCCCAGACCAAAAACCCCUACUGCUGGGAGCUACAUAAAAGACUACAUAAAGCACUCCACAUCAUGAAAAUGUCACUGUCUUUAUGCUGGGUGAAAGGGAAAUCCUGCAACACAUGUUUAAGGGUAUUCGGUGCUUGUAAGAGGGAUACCUGACUCGGUUAAUUAUUUUUAGGUCGUUACAUAACCUCAAGGGAUCUCAUGUUCCUCAGCACUCUGUGUACUGUACUGUAUACAAAUUCCAGGAGCAUGUGAUGCUUUUAAAAAUUCAUACUAAGGGACUGCUUCUCUUUUUAAACACAUAAUGUCUUACACCUUUGUUGUAAAAGGGUCUCAGAAGGGAUACUGUGUACAUUUGUAAAAUGUAUUUUAAUAAAAACACAAAAAAUUCUUAAACAGUG